AUGAGCGGCCCAUUGUCAGCGACGCCGAACUCGGCUGGAAGAAUAUCUGCUUUACGCAGCUCUGAUCACAGCCUGCACGCCUCGCACUGCAGAGCCGCAUCGGAUUGCUCUCGCCAACGUCUGGCUUGUUCCGAGGGCGAGAUUUCGGGCCUCCGGCUAACGUCGUCACCAUCCGAGUCCUCUCGUACGAAUUGUACCGCGUUACAGCGGAAGCCGUACCAACUCCAGCCAGAUAUCUUGAGGUACAACAGUGGAAUUCACCUCUUUGCUCCACUCGCGUGCAAAAAGGGGCGAGUUUGCCCUACCUCUCAGACUGUUGCCUCACUGGCAUGCGUCGCGCAGGGACCGCAUGUACACUACUUCAGCGUCCGAAAUUGGAGGAUCCCUUUCGGUCGUUCUGUUACUUCAACUUCACUUCAAUGUUCAAUGUUGGAGUGGAAGUUGAAAUAUCAGAAUGACAGGCAGGGACGAGUAGAGAGCAGAACGCUAUUCAGAAGGGACGUGGUACAGGCUCAGUGCGUCAAAUCAAGAAAGCAAGCAAGACAUCUGUACGUGUUCAACCGGGUGCGGCCUCCAGCGGUAGUACAAGUCAUGCCGCGAUCUGGUGCAUUUAGGUUUAUUCUCGUAAUAUGCGUUUUUCGCUGGAGUUCAAUGUCCCACCCUGACAGGAUUUCCCCGCAUCCACGGCAACGUCUGGGAAACACUCUGCCCCAUCAUGUGUCUGGAGCGGACCCGGAGAGCCUCCUGCCAUUGACUCUGAGACCACCUUCUCAGACACGAAUAACAAGGGAAGCCCGGCUUGGAGUCCACCCCGCGACUUGGAAGAACAUAUGA